GUUUCGUAUGUCUCAGCCGCUUCGCCUUCUUCUUCUCCGUCGCCGCUCGCCGUAGACCGGAGCAGCAGAAAAUGGCGGAUACGAAGGCUGUCACCAUCCGGACCAGAAAGUUUAUGACCAAUCGCCUCCUCUACAGGAAGCAAUUCGUCAUCGACGUCCUUCACCCCGGAAGAGCCAAUGUCUCCAAGGCUGAGUUGAAAGAGAAACUGGCGAAGCUGUACGAAGUGAGGGAUCCCGACACGAUCUUUGUGUUCAAAUUCCGGACGCACUUUGGAGGAGGGAAGUCGACCGGCUUCGGUUUGAUCUACGACACCGUGGAGAACGCCAAGAAGUACGAGCCCAAGUAUCGGCUCAUUAGGAAUGGGCUUGCAAAAAAGGUAGAAAAAUCAAGGAAGCAGAUGAAGGAAAGGAAGAACAGGGCGAAGAAGGUCCGCGGUGUUAAGAAGACAAAGGCUGGAGAUGCUGCCAAGGCUGGAAAGAAGAAAUGAGGUAAUCAACUAGUCUCUUUUUUUUUUUCCACCUUGGUUUGGCUAGUGAACAUCACAUGCAAGGAUUUCUUUUUUGGUAAGAUACUUUUUUGAGUUGUCUCAGAAGGAUGAUUUGUUUGUUUGAUGUAAGAACAAAUGAUGUCAAGAGUUUCAUUUCCUCGAGGCCUCUAUUGAGGUCCAAUCAUAAUCUGGCUUUAAAAUUGAUUUUAGACCA